AUGAUUCCAUUAUUAAUUACUUUAUUGCUUGGUACAGCGAUUUCAAUGCAAAUGUCGAGAGAUCCUGCCUUGGAGCAAAUAGUUAUGUUUAGAGAGAGAAAUCCGAACCCGAUCGGCAUGCUUACCACAAGUUCAGGAGCACCGGUUUCUUCCACUGACGCCAAUUCUACAUUGAACACACGUUUGUUAUUUAACGAACAUUUCAUGGACUUGAUGGCAUCGUUUGUUCGAGAGAGAAUUCCUUUACGCAUCAUUCAUGCCAAAGCCGCUGGAGGAUGGGGAUACUUUGAAGUAACACACGAUAUCACACACGUUUGUAGAGCAAAAUUGUUUAGUAAAGUCGGCAAACGAACCAAAGUAGCCGUCCGAUUCUCACCAGCGUUUCAACAAAGAGGUGGCAAUGACUUAGAUCGAAACCUUCGUGGGUUCUCCGUGAAGUUUUACACCGAGGAUGGAAUCUUUGAUAUAGUCGGUGCAAAUGCACCUGUAUUUUGCUACAAAGAUCCCCGCUUGUUUACAUCGUUUGUACAUUCACAGAGUAAAAACCCGGUAACUGACAUAUAUGAUCCGAACAUGAUAUGGGAUUUUUUGACUCUUACACCUGAAGCUUUGUUCAUGUAUUUAAUGGCAUAUUUCGGGGACCGUGGUAUUCCCGACGGAUAUCGGCACAUGCCUGGUUUCGGUGUUCACACAUACCAAGUAGAGAAUGUUAUUCGAGAAGCGUAUUUCAUUCGAUUUCAUUUUACACCCGAUGCUGGGUUGAAAAAUUUGCGAUCCGAUGAAGCUAGACGUAUUCAAUCUCGAGAUCCCGACUAUUUCACCAGAGAUUUGUACAGAGCUAUUGGUAAUGGAGACUACCCAAGCUGGACUGUUAGCAUUCAAGUCUUGACAUUGGCCCAGGUGCACGAAUGUGGCUCUUACGUGUUUGAUGUAACAAGAAUCCUACCCGUGGACAAAUAUCCUUUAUGGCCAGUGGGCAAGUUAGUAUUAAACCAGAAUGUAGUAAAUUAUUUCCUGGAGACUGAGCAAAUAGCAUUUAAUCCAGCGAAUUUAGUUCCUGGAAUACUUGGAGGGCCUGACCAUUUAUUUGAAGCGCGUCGCUUCGCUUACAAGGAGUCCCAGUUUUAUCGCUUAGGUGUUAAUUAUAAUAAAAUCUCUGUUAACUGCCCAUUUAAUACGAAAGUUUUGACAUAUAACAGAAAUGGCAGACCACCAAUAGGGGCUAAUGGAUAUGAUAUUCCUAACUACUACCCCAAUUCAUUUAACGGUCCGGUACCAUAUCUUGAUAAUAAUAGCACUACUUUAAUUGAAUUAAUCGAAGGUAAAGCUAAUAACUACGACCAAGUAACUGAUUAUGUAAACGGAUUGAACGACGAAGAAUUCAAUAGAUUAGUUGGAAAUAUAUUGUACAGUUUGCGUCAAGCGGUUAAGUUUAUACAAAAAAGAGCUGUCAGAGAAUUGACUUUUAUAUCUUCUGAACUUGGUCGUCGAAUUGCACAAGGUUUAUUAUCUGAUGAAUACUAA